AUGGAUCUUAAAAACAGAUCUGUAGUGACUGAGUUUAUUUUACUAGGAUUUUCUGGACAGUGGGAUCUUCAGGUUUUCUUUUUGGGAACCUUUUCUUUGAUCUAUGUUGCUACCAUGCUGGGACACCUUCUCAUCAUGGUCACUGUGACAUUAAGUCCCACUCUCCAUUCUCCCAUGUAUUUCUUCCUUGGAAACCUGUCUUUUUUGGACGUGUGUCUCAUCACUGUCACCAUGCACAAGAUGAUCACAGAUUUGCUCACUGAACACAAGACCAGCAUGUGGUGCUGCAUGCCCCACAUGUUCUUUAUGCGCUUCUUUGGAGGGGCUGAGAUGGCUCUUUUGAUAACACGGUCUUUGCAAUAUAGGACGAUCAUGAGCCCUAGGCUGCCGAAUAGGUUUGUGAUACUUUCAUGAGUAGCUGGUUUUAUACACAUCACGAGCCAGAUGAUUUUAACAGUGAAUUUGCCUUUCUGUGGCCACAGUAUAGACAAUAUAUUUUGUGAUCUUCCCCUUGUGAUUAAGUUUGCUUGUGUUGAAACAUAUUCUCUAGAAUUAUUUGUCAUUGCUGACAGUGGGCUGCUCUCGUUUAUCUGCUUCUUCCUACUGCUUGUCUCCUACACUGUCAUCAUGGUCACUGUAUGACAAAGACCGUGUGGAGGGCUCUUUAAGGCUCUGUCUACAUUGUCUUCCCAUAUCACUGUGGUCACUCUGUUCUUUGGACUUUGUAUCUUUAUCUAUGUCCGGCCAUUCAAGAGUUUCGCAGGCAAUAAAAUCCUUGCUAUGUUUUCUACUGUUAUCACACCCUUACAGAAUCCUAUUAUUUACACCCUGAGAAAUAAGAAAACGCAAGGGGCCAUGAGAAAGUUACAGUUCCAACACAGAACAUCUAGAUUUUAG